UGAAGUGAGUGUUACAUUCCUAGAGAGGACCGGAAAUAACUGCAGGGGGGAGCAGGUCCUCCCAAGCAGAAGCUUCCCUGUCCUUUCCUGCAAGGGGGUGGUUUUUGUCUCCUCUGCAAGGAGAAGGGGGCUGUUGCCUCUGCUCUGCCUCUUCUGGGACCUGAAUUUGCCAGCACCUCUCAUUCAGAAUUUGACAGGUGAAAAGGGGGAUCCCUAACAUUCUCUUGGAGGCUUCCUGAGAGCACAGAUGCAUGAGCAAGACUCAGCUGGCCCUGAAGCAGGAAGAGACCAUGCUAUGGAAACGGGGAGGAGUGGGGGAUUCUGGGAAAACCCUGUGCAGAAGAUCCUGGGUGAGGAGGACACCCUUCGCUCAGAGGCGCAGAGCCGGCAGUUCAGGCAGUUCUGCUCCCAGGAGGCCAAAGGACCCCGUGAGGUUUGCCGCCGACUCUACCAGCUUUGCCACCAGUGGCUGAAGCCAGAAAGGCACACAAAAGCUGAGAUGCUGGACCUGGUGAUCUUGGAGCAGUUCCUGGCUGUCCUUCCUCUGGAGGUGGAGAGCUGGGUGAGGGAAUGCGGAUCGGAGACCAGUUCCCAGGCGGUGGCCCUGGCCGAAGGUUUCCUCCUGAGUCAGGCGGAGGAGAGGAAGCAGGGAAAGGUUCUGUUUGCAGAAAUGGGUCCUGAUUCCUCUGAGGCAGAGAGGACUUCAUUGGACACCAGAGAGAAGCCGCUGGGUGAAAGAAGGAUGCCGGCAAGACCUCCUCCUGCAUCUCUUCAUCCUGGUGGAGGGGAAGCAGCGGCUGAGGAACCGGAUCAGGGACCAGUGUGUUUUGAAGAUGUCGCUGUUCGUUUCACGGAGGAGGAGUGGGCGUUGCUGGAUCCUGCCCAGAGAGCUCUGCAUAAGGAAGUCAUGGAGGAGAAUCAUGGGAUCUUGGCUUCUCUAGGUGGAGAUGGAUUGGAAAUUAAGAACAAGGGAGACCACGAAAAAAUCCACAUGGAGAAGCCAUAUCAAUAUUUGGAGUCUGGAGAGAACUUCAGCCAGAGCUCCCAUUCAGUUUCCCAUGAAAGAAAUCCCAUUGGGAACGAACCCUGUCAGUGCUUGGAGUCUGUUAAGGGCUCUCAUAUAAGCACAAGCGUCUGUCGACCUCAGAGAAUUCACAGUGGAGAGAAACCAUAUCAGUGCUUGGAAUGUGGGAAGGGCUUCGUCUGGAAGAUAAGUUUGACUUCCCAUCAAAGAAUUCAUAGAGGGGAGAAACCAUAUCCAUGCUUGGAAUGUGGGAAAAGGUUCAACCAGAGAGCCCACCUCACUUCCCAUCAAAAAAUUCAUACAGGGGAGAAACCGUAUGAGUGCCUAGAAUGUGGGAAGAGGUUCAGCCAGAGGACCCACCUCAGUUCCCAUCGAAGAAUCCAUACAGGGGAGAAACCAUACCAGUGCUUGGAAUGUGGGAAGGGCUUCAGUCAAAGGGCCCACCUCACUAUCCAUGAAAGAAUUCAUACAGGGGAGAAACCAUAUCAGUGUACGGAAUGUGGGAAGAGCUUCCGUAAGAGUUCCGUUCUCACUAACCAUCAAAGACUCCAUACGGGGGAGAAACCAUAUCAUUGUUUGGAAUGUGGGAAGCGGUUCAAUGAGAAAACAAAUCUAAUUUCCCAUCAAAGAAUUCAUACAGGGGAGAAACCAUAUCAGUGUGUGGAAUGUGGGAAGAGCUUCCGUAAGAGUACUUUUCUCACUUCCCAUCAAAGAAUCCAUACGGGGGAGAAACCAUAUCAGUGUCUGGAAUGCGGGAAGAACUUCAGUCAGAAGGCCCACCUCACUUCACAUCGGAGAACUCAUGCAGGUGAGAAACCAUCCUAUCCGUGUUUGGAAUGUGGAAAGAGCUUCAGUGACAGCAGCAAUCUCGCUUCCCAUCAAAGAAUUCAUACAGGGGAGAAACCCUUUCAGUGCUUGGAAUGUGGAAAGAGCUUCAAUCACAGUUCACAUCUCAAAGCCCAUAAAAGAAUUCAUACGGGGGAGAAGCCAUAUCAGUGCUUGGAAUGUGGGAAGAGCUUCAGUCAGAGCAGCCCUCUCACUUCUCAUUUAAGAAUUCAUACAGGGGAGAAACCAUAUCAAUGUUUGGAGUGUGGAAAGCGCUUCAGUCGGAAGAAUAGUCUUACUUCCCAUCAAAGAAUUCAUACAGGCGAGAAACCAUAUCAGUGCUUGGAAUGUGAGAAGUGCUUUACUACGAGAGGUGACUUUCAUCAGCAUAAGAGAAUUCACAGUGGGGAGAAACCAUAUCAGUGCUUGGAAUGUGGGAAGAGCUUCAGUCAGAGGGCCAAUCUUACGUCCCAUCAAAGAAUUCAUACAGGGGAGAAACCAUAUCAUUGUUUGGAAUGUGGGAAGAGCUUCAGUCGCAGCUCUUAUCUCACUUCCCAUCGAAUAAUUCAUACAUGGGAGAAACCGUAUCAGUGCUUGGAAUGUGGAAAAUUCUUCACUACAAGCAGAUACUUCCGUCUACAUCAGAGGAUCCACAGUGGUGAAAAACCAUAUCAGUGCUUGGAAUGUGGGAAGUUCUUCACUACAAGCAGAUACUUCCGUCGACAUCGGAGUAUUCACAGCGGAGAGAAACCAUACCAGUGUGUGGAAUGUGGAAAGAGCUUUUCCAGGAAGGACAGUCUUACUUCUCAUCAAAGAAUUCAUACAGGGGAGAAGCCCUAUCAGUGCUUGGAAUGCACAAAGUGCUUUGCUGCAAGAAAAGAGUUAUGGCGACAUAGGAGAAUUCACACUGGGGAGAAACCAUUUCAGUGCCAAGAGUGCGGAAAGAGAUUCACCUUCAAGCAAACUCUCACUUCCCAUGAAAGAACUCACAGUGGGGGAAAUCCUGGAAUUAUAGAAUAGUAGCUUUAGGAGGAAUCUUGAGGGUCAUCUAUUCUAACCAGUGCAAUGCAUCUUCUU